GUCCACUGUGACCUCCUAGGGGAUGCCUUGGGGAUGCAGCUCUCCGUACUCCCUGCCCCCCGCUGGGGCCCAGUGGUUGAGUCCUUUGUGAGGCAGGCCGAGGGGACAGGGGACUCUGAGGGCCAGUGGUCAGAGUAGGUGGUGAGUCUCCCCCUGGGAGCAGGCCUCCGAUGCCAUGGCGAGUGUGGUUGUGAAGACGAUCUGGCAGUCCAAGGAGAUCCAUGAGGCCGGAGACCCCCCUGCAGGUGUCGAGAGCCGAUCCCAGCUGGUCCCAGAGGCUCCCGGGGGGGUGACCAACCCAGCCAAGGGGAUCACGAAGAAAAAGAAAGCCGUGUCGUUCCACGGGGUGGAACCCCGGAUGUCCCAUGAGCCCAUGCACUGGUGCCUGAACCUCAAACGGUCCUCGGCCUGCACCAAUGUGUCAUUGCUCAACCUGGCCGCGGUGGAGCCCACCGACUCCUCGGGGACAGACUCGACCACGGAAGACAGCGGUCCACUGGCGCUGCCCGGGCCCCCUGCCUCCCCCACCACACCUUGGGCUCCAGAUGACCCGGACAUCACGGAACUUCUGAGCGGGGUCAACAGUGGAUUGGUCCGGGCCAAAGACUCCAUCACCAGUUUGAAGGAAAAGACCACCCGGGUUAAUCAGCACGUGCAGACCCUGCAGAGUGAGUGUUCGGUGCUGAGCGAGAAUCUAGAGAGAAGGCGGCAAGAGGCUGAGGAGUUGGAAGGGUACUGUAGUCAACUCAAGGGCCCCCGCCCUGGUGUCCUGACCCAGGAGAACUGCCGGAAGGUGACCCGGUCGGUGGAAGACGCUGAAAUCAAAACCAACGUCUUGAAGCAGAACUCUGCCCUACUGGAGGAGAAGCUGAGAUACCUGCAGCAGCAAUUGCAGGAUGAGACGCCGCGGAGGCAGGAGGCCGAGCUACAGGAGCUGGAGCAGAAGCUGGAGGCCGGCUUCUCCCGGCACGGCCUGGGCUCUGCUGGUCCCAACCUGGGCUGCUCUGGCCCACCAGGGAGUCCCGAAGAACCCCCUCGGCUGCGCGGCCUGGUGGGCUGGGGAACCGCGCCCCGGUCAGGAGAGAGCCCCUAUGGGAGCGAUCAGGAGCUGCAGAAGGUCUCCGCCGGUCUUGAGGAGUUGAGGAGGGAGGUGUCCUCGCUGACCGCACGGUGGCAUCAGGAGGAGGGGGCCGUGCAGGAGGCCCUGCGGCUGCUAGGGGGCCUGGGCGGCAGGCUCGACGGCUUCCUGGGCCAGUGGGAGCGGGCGCAACGCGAGCAAGCUCAGACCGCCCGAGGCUUGCAGGAGCUUCGGGGUCGGGCCGACGAGCUGUGCACCAUGGUGGAGCGGUCAGCUGUGUCUGUGGCUUCACUGAGGAGCGAAUUGGAGGGGCUUGGCCCAGUGAAACCGAUUCUGGAGGAGUUGGGGCGGCAAUUUCAGAACCCCCGAAGAGGACCUGACCACUCCAUGAGCCUGGAUCGACCCACGCAAGGCUCCUGUGCCCGCUGUGCCAGCCAGGGGCAGCAGUUGUCUUCGGAGUCCCUGCAGCAUCUGCUGGAGCGAGCGCUGACCCCGCUAGUGGACGAGGUGAAGCAGAGGGGCCUGGCUCCUGCUUGUCCCAGCUGCCAGAGGCUACACAAGAAGAUUCUGCCCAGUACAGCAAGCCCAGCGGCACCUACACUCCUCUCCCCAGGAGCUGGAGCGCCAGGCCUUGGCCAAACACGUCAGGGCAGAGGCCCUGAGCUCCACCCUUCGGCUGGCCCAAGACGAGGCCUUGCGGGCCAAGAACCUGCUGCUGACGGACAAGAUGAAGCCGGAGUGAGGAAGGAGGCUGAGGGCAUGGGAGGAGCGGAGAAGGUGGCCACUCUGGACUAUCUACACCUGAAGAUGUGCUCCCUCCACGAUCAGCUCAGCAACCUGCCACUUGAGGGGUCCACGGGGACAAUGGGGGGAGGAAGUAGUGGGGGGGCUCCCCCAAAACGUGGGGGUCCAGCCCCUGAGCAAUAAAUGGCCUCUCAUGCUGGCAUGAA